GGUUCCAAACCUCAACCUGCAGCCGGAAGGGGAAGCGAAACCCGGCGGGAGGUGGGGGCCCGGCCUGCCACCCCAGGAAGCACCGACAGCCACACGGAACCGGUCCAGCGCCCUGUGGGCCCAGAGAGACGCAGGCCGAUGGCGGAGGCUCUGAACGACCCCGGCUCUGAGGAGCAGGAGCAGUUGCUAGGGCUCACCACUCAGUGGAGUGUGGAGGAUGCGGAGGAGGCCGCCCGUGAGCGGCGCUGGCGUGAGAGAGACGAGCAGCUGCAGGCCCAGGACGAGGACGGAGGUGGCCAGUCCCCGGAGCGGCCGGAGCAGGAGACGCUCCUCGGCCUGGAGCCCUCAGGGGCUCCUGAACUGGACGAGGACGAGGGUUUUGGCGACUGGUCCCAGAAGCCAGAGCAGCGGCCGGGCUGCGGGGCCGGCGGGACCCCGGGCGGCGGAGAGCCCCCUCAGUGUGAGAGCCCCGAGGGCAAGCCAGAGGCUCAAAGGCCCUGCCCGCACACCUGCGGGAGUGAGGAUGGGGACCUGCACCCGGAUGAGGCCCCCCUGGAGGAGCCGUGUCUGAGCCAGGAGGGGCCCAGCCCACACGAGGCCUUCCAGGACACGCUGGGGGUAGCGGAGGCUGAGGAGGCAGAGGAGGAGCACCAGGCAUGCCGGCAGCCCAGGACACCCGACGCCUUGGGCUCACCUCCCCUGAGCCCCACCACCAAACUCGUCGACAGGACGGAGUCUCUGAACCGCUCCAUAGAGAAGAGGUGUGUGUCGGCCCCUGUUCCGGAGCCCAGCAACAGCGUGAAGAAGUCCCAGCCCACCCUGCCCAUCGCCAAGAUUGACGAGCGGCUGGAGCAGUACACGCAGGCCAUCGAGAGUGCCGGCCGGGCCCCCAGGCUGGCCCGCCAGGCCUCUGUAGAGCUUCCCAGCAUGGCCGUCGCUAGUACCAAGAGCCGGUGGGAGACGGGAGAGGUGCAGGCUCAGUCCGCGGCCAAGACCCCUUCCUGCAAGGACAUUGUAGCUGGAGACAUGAGCAAGAAGAGCCUCUGGGAGCAAAAGGGAGGCUCCAAGACCUCGUCAACAGUGAAGAGCACCCCGUCCGGGAAGAGGUAUAAGUUUGUGGCCACCGGACACGGGAAGUACGAGAAGGUGCUGGUAGAUGGGGGCUCGGCGCCCUAGGCCCCUCCGCACCCUCCAUGUUCCCAGGGGAGAUUCCGGCCAGACACCUGCCCCCAGCCCUGGCUAAGAAGUCGCUUCUUGUCACCAGCCUGGCCCACCCUCACGCCUUUGACAGCCCCCCACCACCUCCUUUUGCUCCUGGACCCUCCUGCCUCUCUCCCCUCCUGCUCUCUGACCCCAGCUCUGCCUCUGACUGCUUGGGGGAGGAAAGAGACUCCUGAUCAUUGAACAAAGGGACUGCCCCUCAGAGAGGCCAAGAGCUCUCAGGGAAGGCAGGAGAACAAGGUGCCACCUGUGCAGAGAGGGGGCUGGUCACCCCACCAGAUAUGAGGGUACCUGCAGGGUGAUCUCCAGGCCAAGAGCUGCCGACACCUGCGCUGGAUGCUCAGGACUCUGUGCCUCUCCUGCCCCUGCUUGCACCGCGGCCCACCCCACAUCAUGCAAUAAAGCUCCUUG